GUUGGAUACCCAUCUGGGACCUCCUCGUCCAACGCUUUGGCUAAACAUCCAUUCAUUCUUCCCUGGGACGGGUUCGCCAUAUCAUUUACUCUACCUCGUCCCCGUAUCGCUCCCUCUCCGUUCGGUCUCUCCUGGAAGAUAAUGAGGGUGCGGUAAUCAUUGUUUCACCGCCUGCACGACCUACAACUAAACAUUGGACCUGACCCGCCCUUACUCGCCCAUUGACUCCGACGUCACUUCAACGGGGUCUAUUUCCUAUACACAGAGUGUGAGACAGAGAUUCCCAGCUGCUGCAACUACUGCAGCCCACCAUCAUGAGCUACAUGAAGAAGGAUGAGGACGCCGACCAGACUAUGAUCAAGCUGGAUCGGACCUCCGUAUUUCAAGACGCACGAUUGUUCAACACCUCACCUAUCUCCCCGCGAACAUGCCGUACUCUCCUGACCAAGAUUUCGGUGCUCCUUUUCACGGGGGAGCAAUUCCCUACAAACGAGGCGACCACGCUCUUCUUCGGUAUUUCCAAGUUGUUCCAGAAUAAAGACCCCUCAUUGCGGCAAAUGGUAUAUCUGGUUCUCAAAGAGCUUGCCAACACUGCGGAAGAUGUUAUUAUGUCAACUAGCAUUAUCAUGAAGGACACCGCUGUCGGUAGUGAUGUGCUCUACCGGGCGAAUGCUAUCCGUGCACUGUGCCGCAUCAUCGAUGCCACUACUGUACAAGGUAUUGAGCGAUUGAUCAAGACCGCCAUUGUUGACAAGACCCCCUCGGUCUCCUCCGCCGCCCUAGUCUCUUCGUACCACCUUCUCCCAAUCGCCCGUGAUGUUGUCCGCAGAUGGCAGAGUGAGACGCAGGAGGCAGCUUCGUCCUCAAAGCAAUCGACUGGAUUCCUUGGAUUCGGCGGCAGCUCUACCCACGCCGUCUCGCAGUCGAAUUUCAUGACGCAAUACCACGCAAUUGGCCUUCUCUAUCAGAUGCGCUCUCACGAUCGAAUGGCUCUCGUCAAGAUGGUCCAGCAGUACGGUGCUGCUGGUGUGGUUAAGAGCCCUGCUGCUCUUGUUCUCUUGGUGCGAUUGGCAGCGAAAUUGGCGGAAGAAGAUCAGAGCUUGAGAAAGCCCAUGAUGCAGAUGCUUGAUGGCUGGCUCCGACACAAGCAUGAGAUGGUCAACUUCGAGGCGGCAAAGGCUAUCUGCGACAUGAGAGACGUCACCGAUGCCGAGGCUUCUCAGGCUGUUCAUGUUCUGCAGUUGUUCCUGUCCUCUCCUCGGGCUAUCACCAAGUUCGCAGCCAUCCGCAUUCUCCAUAACUUCGCAUCAUUCAAGCCUCACGUGGUGAAUGUCUGCAAUCCCGACAUCGAGUCUUUGAUCUCGAACUCUAACCGCUCCAUCGCUACCUUCGCUAUUACCACACUGCUUAAGACUGGCAACGAGGCUAGUGUGGACCGUUUGAUGAAGCAGAUCUCUGGUUUCAUGGCUGAUAUCACCGAUGAAUUCAAGAUCACUAUUGUCGAGGCUAUCCGGACACUGUGCUUGAAGUUCCCCAGCAAGCAGGCGGGCAUGCUUUCAUUCCUGAGCGGCAUUCUGAGGGAUGAAGGUGGAUAUGAGUUCAAGCGGAGUGUCGUUGAGAGCAUGUUCGAUUUGAUUAAAUUUGUUCCUGAGAGCAGGGAAGACGCUCUUGCCCAUCUGUGUGAGUUCAUUGAAGACUGUGAAUUUACCAAACUGUCCGUUCGGGUAUUGCACCUUCUUGGUGUAGAGGGCCCAAAGACUUCUCAUCCUACCAAGUACAUUCGUUAUAUCUAUAACCGAGUUGUCUUGGAGAAUGCUAUCGUACGAGCUGCCGCCGUGACGGCCCUAGCCAAGUUUGGUGUUGGACAGAAGGACCCGGAGGUGAAGUCAAGCGUUUCUGUUCUUCUUACACGCUGUCUCGAUGAUACUGAUGACGAGGUGCGCGAUCGUGCUGCUCUCAAUCUCCGUCUUAUGGCCGAGGAGGACGAGACUGCGUCGCUUUUCCUUAAAAACGGUAAGCUGAGCGGAACAAGCUCCUCUGGCUUUGCUUGUUUACUGACAGGUUCAGAUUCGAUGUACUCUCUUUCUACAUUCGAGCACCAGCUCGUGAUGUACGUGACAUCGACAGAGAAGGAGACGUUUGCUGCAGCAUUUGACGUUUCUACGAUCCCGGUAGUUACACAGGAACAAGCUUUGGCUGAAGAGCGGACGAAGAAGCUCACCACCGCCACCCCCACGCUCAAGGCUCCAUCCACUGGUCCUCCAAAGGGCAAGCCCAGUGGCGUUGCCGAAGCCGCUACCCUUGCUGCCACCCAGAAGUAUGCUGAACAGCUUAUGCGGAUUCCCGAGCUCAAGGAGUAUGGUACCUUGCUUAAGUCCUCUGUCCCCGUCGAACUCACCGAAAGCGAAACGGAAUACGUCGUCACGGCGGUCAAACACAUCUUCAAGGAACACGUUGUGGUGCAGUACGACAUUAAGAAUACUCUGCCGGAUACUGUCCUAGAGGAUGUCACUGUAGUUGUGACGCCCUCUGAGGAGGAUAUUCUGGAGGAAGAAUUCAUCGUUCCUAUCCCCAAGCUUGUUGCAAAUGAGCCCGGAAUUGUCUAUGUUACGUUCAAGAAAAUUGCUGGAGAGCACAGCGUACCGGUCACAUCAUUUACAAACAUCCUGAAGUUCACUAGCAAGGAGAUCGAUCCUACGACUGGAGAGUCCGAGGACUCUGGAUACGAGGACGAGUACCAAGUCGAGGAUUUGGAUAUUGCAGGAAGCGAUUAUGUUAUUCCCACAUUUGCCGGUAGCUUCGAUCAUGUUUGGGAGCAGACUGGCGCAAACGGGGAGGAAGUCAGCGAAACCCUGCAGCUCAGCAAUAUGAAGGGCAUCUCAGAUGCUACUGAACAAUUAAUCUCCGCACUAUCUUUGCAACCUCUUGAGGGAACCGACGUGGCUCUCAGCAACAGCACGCAUACCCUCAAACUCUUCGGAAAGACGGUGUCAGGUGGCCGGGUAGCAGCCCUAAUCAAGAUGGCAUUCUCCAGCAAGUCCGGCGUUACAACGAAGAUCACUGUCAGAGCGGAGGAAGAAGGCGUUGCACCGGCUGUGAUUGCGUCCCUUUCUUGAGGCUGUCAACUGUAAAUGGUAAUGGGGGGAUUGUCAUGUCAAGAGGCGUACAUUGCAACGAGUCCUGCAUUAUGAGAUCGGACUUGCUUGUUUGCUCUUUUGCUUCUUUUUCUUUUCCUUCUCUUUUUCAAUAAUCCAGGUGUCGAGCUAGAUACGAUGUUUUACUUCUCUUUCUUCUUCGCCUAUCCCCUUUAACCCCUUCUUGUAGGCGUCCACACUGUUACCCAUCUCAUUCCUGUGAUCAUAUUUCCUUGCUGUUUGUCGUGACUAUUUCAUCUUAGUCUCUUGUAUCCCUUGUAGUUGCCAAAAGCGGUUUCAUUCAUAUUGGUCUGUUGGAUAACGCUACUUGAGUCGUCGGUUUUGGAACCAUGACAGCGAUGUGACUUGACCCUAUCAUAUGCCUAGUUUUUAUAUAGAAGAGAAACCUAUAAUAGUUGAUUUCGCUGAUACGGAGUAGUGCGACUACUACAGGUAUAUUGCUUUAUCGUCCUAUUUGAGCAACUAAGUAC